UAUGGGGGUAAUUUGAUACAAUUUCUAAUGUUACGUUAAUUAUACACAUUUAUCUCAUAGCACUGUUUGCUUGCGUCAUGCCUGAAGGUGUGUUAAGAAGGGGCUAUUCAGUUCCCAGUCAUUGCUUCUGCUAAGGGAUUUGUGAACUUGACACAUCAAGUCAGUCUUAUACCAGAAAACUAUUGGAGAUAGUUUGCUUUAAGUUUUAUUCACAGCAAAGAAAGAGCUGUCAAAGAAAACCUACUCCGGCAGUCAUUUACAUUUCUUCCAGGAUAUUAUCAUUACGUUUAUCUCUAACCGAAAGUCAUGAUGGGGAGGAAGACUCUGGACUUGUUAAACAUUUUCACGCUGCUCUUGGAGAGAAAUACGUGCAGACACCGGCUGUAGGACUCAAACCUUUCUGAGUGACCCGAGACAACAUGUAUCUACCUGGAUGGUUCAUUUGGUGGGUUUCACUGACCAUACCCAUGUCAGCCUGUGGUUUGGAGGUUUCUGGACAUGACAGCGAUGAAGUCAUUUGCUCACAGGGUCUCUCUGAAUGCACCAUGAAGGAUGAGAUACCCUUUCUGCUGGAGAAUGAUGCUGUGGAUGUUCUAAACCUAACGGCGUAUUUCAAGCUCUGCUCAAAGAGCAGCGAGUCUUGUACAUUAUGUCUGGUGAUAGACAUGGAGCUCCACAUCCAUCCCGAUAACGACACGGAGGAUGAAGACCACUCUGGGCUUGAUGGGGAGGAUUACAGUGAGGUGAUGAGAGAUCCAAAAGCCUCUGUGACAGUGUGUUACAACACACCGUCUACCAUACCCACAUGCAAGAAGGUGGAGUUCACGGUUAAUCACGCAGCUCUUACGCAACAAAACCAGGCAAAGGUGUCCAUGGUGAUUACUGAGCCACCUGGGGUUUCCUUCAGCACUAAAGUGUUUGUUUAUCCUCAUGAAUUGCUACAUCUAAAACAAGAAGUUAUCGCUCCUUCUCUACAUGAAGUGUGUUCCCAGAAGCUGAAGAAAUGUGUGAAUCAGUGUCGUGUGCCUAAAAUCAAUAUUACAAUUCACGAAGACAUGAAAUACGUGGAGCUGCUGUUCGAUGGCAACAAUAACAGCGUCCCCUCUGUGUGCGUCCAGUAUGAGCAGAACGGGACAUGUCAGAGUUGGAACAAGAAGAAAAUCCCACUCUAUUCUGUGACCCACUGCAUGUGUCUCCAGGCAUGGUAUAAUCAGAACUACGUGCGCGCUCAAAGCUGCCCCUUCAGAAACACGGAUCGAUCCCACAGGAACGUGUGGGAGAACGUGUCAGUGUCUGUAAGCCAUGGUCACUCCAACCACUAUGGCUCGAUGCUGCUGUGGAACAUAUCUGCCCCCUGCAGGCUGGAGGGUGAGGUGUGGCCCUGUCACAAAGAGAACAGCUGCAAAGAGAUGAAGGGCCUCAGAAAACAGCUGGCAAAUGGCAGUUGGAGACAAAACAGCAAAGGACUCUGGGAGAAAACAGGGGCGUUUGAAGACAUAAACCUUCAGCUCUCACCAUGUGUUAUGGUGAAAGUAAAAGGAAUGGGACGUGAGUUGGGUCCGUUCUGCUUUACUAACACUGACAGGUGGCGCUGGAGUCUCCUGGUUGUCGGUGUUGUGCUGCUGGUUUUCUUGGCUGUGCUCUUAUUUUAUUUACAUCACGAUUUUGUCAAGAAAUGGGUGUGGAGCUGGCAUCAUGGCGGAUUUGUGAAGAUCAGCAGAAAGGGUCACGUGGUGCUGCUGAGCCCCCCAGAUUUGGAUGAUGGUCUUUCAGAUUCAGUUUGUCGACUCGGCUCUCUGCUCUGCAACAAAGGCUUCAAUGUAUCUGUGGACCAGUGGAGCAGGAAGGAGCAGUGCACUCUGGGGCCUCUGCUGUGGCUGCACUCAAAGCUACUGGAGCUGGACAGCCGGGGGAACCGAGUUGUGGUUGUUUUGAACCGCAAAGCCAUAGAGAGAACGGAGGAAUGGAUGCAUCAGUACGAGGAGGUUAUCAAGACAAAGGGGGAAGACAAGGGUCUCCCUCAGAUGUGUUCCCCUUACUCUGACCUGUUCACAGCCUCCCUGUGCAUCAUUCAUGCGGACAAGCAGCUGGGCAGGGCUGGAGAACGUUUUCUUCUGGUAAAAUUUGACUCUCAUCCGAGCAGUGACAGGAAUCUACCAGAGCUUCUUCAGGGGCUGCCUCUGUUCCAGCUUCCCUUUCAGACUCAGGCACUCCUAACUGAGCUAACUGUGGGACACACUGGGACAUCAGGUGGAAAGACAUGGACACGGUGGAAAUGGGGCGGCUCAUAUGGAUGGAGUUCAAAGACUAAAGAGGGACAAAACCAGCAGAGGGCAUCACUAUAUAACCUUGGAGUUGAGAAAAACUUGGAGACAAAACCCUUAAAGCAUCCAUGAAGGACAAGUUCAUCCAAGUCAUGGAUGAAAUAAAGAUCUGACAUUCUUUGGCAACAACCUAUGUUGUGGUUGUUGUCAACAAAUCCCAUUAAAAGACCCAAAUCAACAGUGGAUGAUUCUACCUCUCAGUACUUUCAAGGCCAGAUGUGUCCACAUACAGUGGCAAGAAAAAAUAUAUGAACCCUUAGGAAGGACCUGGUUUUAUGCAUUGAUUGGUCAGAAAAUAUGAUGUAAUCUUCCUCCAUCCUGUGUCUUUAAUGAAACCAGUCAUUAAACAUUCAUAGUGCUGGUGGAAACUCUGGACCAUUAUUUCUACAGAAUAGCUUCAGCUCAGCCGUCUUCUGUCUGUUGUCAACAUUUCUCUUUAGGUCAUUCCACAGCGGCUCUGACUGGGUUAAGGUCUGGACUCUGACCAGUAGCCACAGAACUGUUGUCUCCAUUAAUAGACAGUUUGUCUAAGGGUGGACUGAGGAAUAUUUUUUACUCUUUGACAUGACUCUGUGACCCGUUCCAGCUUUAUGCAAAUCAACAAUUCUUGUUUGUAAGUUUUCUAAGAAGUCUUUUUUUACAAGUCAAAGUAGCUCUAACCCACACCACCUCCAAUCUCCAAUUAGCUUUUGUUUAUGCCAUUAGCCGAAGGGUUCACAUACUUAUUCCAGCCUACACUGUGAAUGUUUGGUGUUUUCAGUAUGGACAUAAACAAUACAAUGAUUUAGAUGUUAUUAAUUAAAAAUGAUUGUGUGUGUUCAUACUUGAAACUUUGAUGAAGAUUUGACCAUAUUUUAUUAAUUUAUACAUGAACAGAGGUGAUUUCAAAGGGCUUACACUUACUUUUCUUGCCACUGUAAGAUUUGAAUGAAUUUCCUAUGACAUCUGGGCACUGGGCAGUUUUAAGCAAACAUUAUGCAAGCAGGAGUAAGUAGUGCAUCUGUUUAGGUCUGUUCUAAGCUGAGGAUUUGAUGCAUUUGUGAGUAUUAAGUGCAGUAGGAUGUGUAUGACGGCCUCACAACAAGCUGCAGUGCCCAUGUUUUGUGUACUGGAGGAACAUGUCACAUGUCAGUGUAACAAUGUGGCUCACUGGUGUCUUUUAAGUUGUUUUUGGACAACAAUGGAGCUGUAUGGCACAGAGGAAUAAGCUACACCAGUCAUUAAGUUAAAUUAUCAAUUCAUUGUUUGUUUUGGCUUUUUUCCCACUGAAUCUGGUGAUUAUAUUAAAAAUAUAAAAUAUAACAAGUCAUAUCCUUUAAGCUGCAAAAUGUUUAACCUAAAAUCCCUCAGACUAAAUAUGUCCAUGUAGGACUACUGUAGGUCUGUGCACACUUGUCUAUAAAUAAAUGUGCUUAUUUCUGUG